UGUACAUUAAUGAUGUAUGUAUAUUUUAGGUAUUGUACAGUGAAUAUAAACUAUAUGCAAAGGUUAUUAGGAUGUUUAAACUGUAUAGGACCUUCCUAAGGUCAUGUGAUAUGUGAUCACUUGAUACCCAGAGUUCCAGAGGCACAGGUAACCACAGGUAACCAGCUACCAAUGGUCUUUAGUCCAGCCCCCUGAUAUAUAAAGGGCUGUAGUCUCCACACUAGGUCUCUUUAGUUCCUGGACAGUAAGCAAGCACCAGUCCUGUACAAGUUCAGUCCAGUACAGCUAGGCCAAAGCCUAUAAGUCUGCAGCCACAUCUAAUCUAUGCCGGUGGGAAUGAAGGAUGAAGAAAGGGGCCCUCCCUGCCUGAAAUGUGAGGGAAUGUGCACAGGAUUCCAGCUGCACUCUUGGAGGAAAUCAUGUGACCUCUGCCAUUGUCCCCGUGAAGACCAUGCUCUUCCCACAGAAGUAGAAGAAGACCAUAGGAUUGGGCAACUGCUCUCAGAUACCUGUUACUCUGGACUGACAGCUCGUGUAAAAGGCAGCGAUGGGAUGCGGGUCUACAAAAGGAAUCGUAUGAUCAUAACCAAUCCCAUUACCUCCCGAAAAGAUCCCACCUUCCUCACUGUCACCUACGAGUGGGCACCCCCUGGACUCAACCAAAAACUGGCCAUGUGUUAUAUGGAACUAAUCCCUAAGAAGUUGCAGCCUGUGGCCGGCACGGAAGGGGCACAUUAUCGACGCUUACAGCUAUUGAAGCAAUUACCUGCCUAUGACUUUGAUCCCCAUUAUUGCAGAGGUCUGUCUGAGGGUGAGAAGCCUGUUAUGGAAGAAUUUUUGAAGCAAACCAAGGAGAAUGUGAUGGGGGUGGCAGAGGUGAUAUUACCAUGUAGUGCCAAACAAGAUGAAAAGGAACCUAAUGCCACUAAGACAGCAAACAGCAUAGCAGAGGAGCCCGGUGACAAGAAAGAUUAUUUGUGCGAGUUUUGCCAGCAACUAAUGCCUACUGAUGCUCCAGCUGUCUACGCAGAACGGGCAGGAUACAAGAAACAAUGGCAUCCAGCCUGCUUUUUGUGCUGCCAGUGCAGAGAGCCACUGGUGAACCUAAUAUAUUUCUGGAAAGGUAAUCGUCCAUGGUGUGGAAGGCAUUACUGUGAAAGUGAAAGGCCACGCUGCAAUGGAUGUGAUGAGAUGAUAUUCUCGCAGAACUUUCAGCAGCAUGAUGGGAAGUCAUGGCACUUGGAGCAUUUUACCUGUACCAGCUGUGAGCAGUCACUCAAUGAUCAGCCCUAUGUUCUGGACAAAGCUCGGCUCCUGUGUACCACCUGCAGCAGUAACAGAACCACUCACUAGAUCCAGGCCUCCUUCACUCAGAUCUUGGGGUGCCCAGUGGAUCUUUCUGCCUGAAAUAGUUCCGGGAUCGUAAGCUUGUGAUCAUUUCUUGACCAUCAGGAUGUCUCCAGAACGGACAUAACAUAGUGGUGACCACCAUUCAGGAGCUGCUUAUUGAAGGUGUGGUCCACCAUUGUACAUCUCAGGAUAUCACUGCUGCCAGGUCCUGACCAGAAGUUUUAACCCACAUACUGGAAUACUAACAGAUAUUUUAUUUAUUUUUCUAUGUUUUUAUUGUUAUCAUUGUUACUAGUGAGGGCAGUGAGUUGUGAAGGGUCCGGUCCAGAUCAACAUCUCAAGUUCAACAAUAAGUAACCAAUUCAUAGAUACACAUUACAAAACUGGUGACCCGAAAAUAAAACAUUUUACAUAUAAUUGAACUAAUGGUAUCAGAAAGUUAGCUACAAUUGUGUUGGCAUUUGUAAAUAUUUUCCUGUUCUUAAAGUAUGUGUAUACUUUUUAACCCCAAAAAAUGAUUCAACAAAAAGUUCUACUAUUUUGAGUAGACAACUUUUAUGCAGAUUUAUGUCUCCAUGGUUACAGACUACAACAAAUCUUGUAUAAUAACAGAAUAACACAUAAGUGUAGAAUCAGACUACACUGGAUUUGUAUGUAGUCUGUUACUAUGGAGACUCAUAGGACUGCACAAGAUCUGCGGACACAAAUCAGUAGAUGUUCUAAAUGAAACUAUAAGCAAAGUUACCUCACUUUUCUAUUUUAGAUUAAUUUUAGAUUCCAAAUAGUAUACACAGCCUUAAAGGGGUUGUGCGCUGCCCUGCAGU